AUGGCGUCCCAGAAGGGCAAAAAUGUCACUUUCCCCGGUUCGGACAAGUACAGUGACCUAAAACUGAAGUGUGGAGGCAAAGUUUUCAACGUUCAUAAAGUGAUCGUUUGCACCCAGUCUGAGGUCCUCGCUGCGGCCGUCGACGGGACCUUCAAGGAAUCCACCACAAACGAAGUCGAAGUGACUGAAUUUGACGCUCAGACGUUGUAUAAGAUGAUCGACUUCAUGUACAACAAGGAUUACCAAGAACAGCAAGAAAUAGAAAAAGAAACAGAGCCUGGGAAUGAGGCAGAGACAGAGAGCGAAACAGAGCCUGAGAACAAGACAAUUCUGACUGCAAGGCUUCUCGAGCAUGUCAAGGUCAACGCAAUAGCGGACUACUAUUUUGUCUCUGAUCUCAAGGCCCUGGCCAACGCGAAGAUCAUGGAAAUCCUCGAGAAACAGUUUUCUUGCGAAGCGUUUGUUGCGGCACUGAACUACGCCCUCAAGUCGACCACGGACAAAGCAUUGAGAGAGAUUCUAGGGACAUCAGCGGCCCUCCAUAUUGAUGAGUUUAUGCAAGACAGCUGGCUGGGGAAUGCAGACUUUUUUCUGAGCAUCUUGGUGUCUAAGUUAGUCGAGGCAGCAGCACGAGAGAGAGAGGGUCUCGAGAACAUCAUUCAAGACCAAGAUAGUGCCUUAAAAGCCGAAAUGUCCUCCCACGAAAUCCAGAAGAGCUGCAGGGAGGCGAUGGGUAUGCUCACCCGGCGGCAGUGCCGCAAUGGUAGCUGUAAUGCGGAAUUCCCUUGUUAUUUUGAAAAGAUAUCGUCUUCCAGUCCACGAUGGAUCUUACGAUGUAGUCGAUGCAAAUGCAAGCAUGUCUAA